ACAUCACAUAUUCAGUUUAAAUGUCUAGAAAAUUGGCGUCAUUCACAAGUGAAUAUUAAUCAUGGAUUGGUAACAUGGACUAAUAUUCACUGGUAUUCUGCAUAUAAUAAUGUAAAAUCAAUAUUUCUUCAUAAAUCUGGGUUUCGCCAACUUCUUAAUCAUAAUGAAGCUAGACAACCAAAAAUUGAAUUAGAUCAUAAAAUAAUUCGAAUUAUUGAGAAUAAAAAUCAUUGGAAAGAUAAUGAAAUUAUAAUGAAAAUACUAGAACCAGUUAAUAAUACUAUUAAAAAUUUAGAAUUUGCAAAUGGAAUUCUAAUAGAUAAUCUAUAUACAUAUUGGAAACAUAUUUCAAGUCCAAAAUAUGCUGCUCUUGUUAUAUUUGUUAAAUGUAUUCUUGCUCUUGUUCCUCAUGCUGCUGAAACAGAAAGAUGUUUUUCAACUCUUGGAUAUCAUAAUACAAAAUACCAUAAUAAUAUAAAAACUAGUACAUUAAAAAUUAUAGAAUUAAAAUAUGAAUUAGAAACCUUUUUUGAAGAAGAACAAACUGAACUUGAAGAUUUUACAAAUUUGGCACCAAAGUUUGUAAUUGAGCAAUUCAUUGAUAUUAAUGAUCCUAUUUUUUAUAAUCAAACUAUACAAACUAAUUUUAUAGAUGAAAGUUUAGUUAUUGAUAAAGAAAAUAAUGAUAGCGACUAG